AUGGCUGGGUCUCGCUCGUGGGAAAGUGUACCAUCACCUUGCCGUCAAUUUGGGCUUGACCUCGCUGGUGACGGCUCGGUCGCUCUGUAUCACCCAAGCUGGAACGCCACCAGCCACCAGUCGCUAUUGAUCGUCUAUGCCAUCUGUCUAUUAACCUUCUUCACGGUGCUCGUCAUCCCCGUCAUCCUCGUCGCUCUCUCCAUCACCGCCGACGCGGGCAGACACAAUGCCUCCUACGCCCUGGGCCAUUUCGACCCGACCCUCUCCGGAUGGCAGGACUUUUCCUUCUUCAUCGACCUUCUUCCCCCGGCGUAUACCUUCUCCGCCAUCGGGAUGGUCACCUCCAUGGCCGAGGAGUGCGCCCAGUGCCCCUGGGCACGGAUCUGGUCGCGCAUCGAUCCUCAUCUCAGCGUCCCAGUCUCAUCAUUUGCCCUCGUGACUCUCGUCCAGAUGCUCCUCGGUCUAACCAAUCUCGGCAGUUCCAGCGCCUUCACAGCGUUCGUCUCCGUCGGAGUCAUCAGUCUGGCCGUCGCUUACGCCAUCACCAUCGCGUUGAGUCUGCUCGACCGUCGGAGGGAAGUGUUACGCGCGCGUUGGACCUGUGGUCCUGUCAUAAGUCCCCUCGUUAACUUCGUUGCACUCGGCUGGAUCCUCUUCAACCUCGCCCGUCCUGUUCAGUAUGCCCACCGUUCUGCCGGUUAUGACCGUCUCGAUGAAUUAUGCGGCGGUGGUUUUUGCCGGGAUGAUGGCGAUUUCGGUAGUGUGGUAUGUCGUGUUUGCAGGGAAAUGUAA